AUGCCUCAUCAAGACCCGGUUACAGCGGAGGAGGCGGAGGAGCCCCUGUGGAUUAACGAAUUCCAGGGACAACUGGGAACUCAAUUUUGUCAAAAGCAUCCAUUGAAUCUAGUCAUGAGUCAUGUGUUUGGUGAAAACUCCAAGGUGCGGCAGCCUGGCAGUCUCUCCAGGAGAGUGGCCCGCUGUGGCCGCAGUGGCUCCCCUGAGUGUCUCUCCUCUUCCCAGAGCUGCCCCAAUCAGCAGCAGCUCCUGACCACCAUCCGCCAGCUGCAGCUGCUGCUCAGGGGCCAGGAGACCCGCUUCACGGAAGACAUCCGAAACAUGAAGAGUCGGCUGGCCACGCUGCAAAUUAUUCUGAACAAAAUGGUCUCAGGUGCACCUCCAGUUUCCUGCCCUGCUCUGGACGCCCCCGCUGAUGGCAGGAAGUUCGGAAGCAAGUACUUAGUGGAUCAUGAAGUCCAUUUUACCUGCAACCCUGGGUUCCAGCUGGUUGGUCCCAGCAGCAUGGUGUGUCUUGCUAACGGCACCUGGGCUGGAGAAAAGCCGCACUGCAGAGCCACCAGUGAGUGCUCUAGCCAGCCUUGUCACAAUGGGGGCACGUGUGUGGAAGGAGCCAACCAGUACAGAUGCAUCUGUCCUCCAGGAAAAACUGGCAGCCACUGUCAGAAUCAGACCCAGCCUGGUAUCGACCCCGGGGCCCCCGAGGGCGGCAUGCCCAGCGACUCCGCCUUCAGUCAUCCGCCGCAUUGCAAGCAGGUUGGGCAGGAGCAGCAUUGCAGCUGCGAGGCAGGAUUCCACUUGAGCGGCACCCUGGGCAGCGACGGCGUCUGCCUGGAUGUGAACGAGUGUGAGAUCUACGGGCAGGAGAGACACCCCCGGCUCUGCUUGCAUACCUGCGUGAACACCCCUGGCUCCUUCCGCUGUACCUGCCCCAGUGGAUACCGGGUCCUGGCUGAUGGCAAGACCUGUGAGGAUGUUGAUGAGUGUGUGGGCUCACAGCACACGUGCCCCCAAGGAACCACAUGCUUCAACACUGGAGGAAGUUUCCAGUGUGUCAAACCCGAAUGCCCUGAGAUCAGCGGCAACAUAAGCUACGUGAAGACAUCUCUCUUCCAGUGUGAGCGAAGCCCCUGUCCCAUGGAUAACAGGCCGUGUCGCCACAAGCCCAAGACCGUCACGUUCCACUACCUCUCUCUACCUUCCAACCUGAAGACGCCCGCCACGCUCUUCCGCAUGGCCACAGCCUCAGUUCCUGGCCAGUCUGGGCCCAACAGCCUGCGCUUCGGAAUUGUGGGUGGGAACAGCCGUGGCCACUUCGUAAUACAGCGCUCAGACCGGCAGACAGGGGAGCUCAUCCUUAAACAGACCCUGAAAGGGCCUCAGACUGUGCAGGUGGACGUUGACAUGUCAGAAUACCUGGACCGCUCCUUCCAGGCCAUCCACACUUCCAAAAUCACCAUCUUUGUGUCUCCCUAUGAAUUCUAA